AUGAAUAAAGCAACUCGAACAACUAGUCUACGAUAACAUAAACUAACCUUUUCAAAAGACAAUAAUAGUAGCUUAUAAGUAUAGACCAGGUCUUAAAGUUUUAAAUAAAACAUCAGCAUUUCUCCUGAUAAGAAAUCUUAAAUGUCUCCAACAAAAUAAAAUAGCGUAUAUAUGAAUGGAUAAUUGCUUAUUCGUCCAAGAUCGAAAUAUAAUUAAUUAGGCAAUUUGUCUUCUUCAAAAUUACAGGACUCCCAAAAAAUCUUUCUUAUUCAAUAAGCACAAUAGCAAUAGACAUAACAAUAAAGGGCUGAAUAAAGCCCUGUAUUACACAGAAAACAACAGAGUGACAAAGGAUUAAAACAUGACUUGCCUAAAAUAUCACCAAUCAAAGCAAGACAACCUAUUAGAUAGUUGUAGUCUGAUAUGAAUCAAUUGGACCUAUUUAAAAAGGAGUAAAUUAAACAAAGUGUUACUAGAAUUGCUUAUACUAAAUCUUAGGCUGGUAAAAACGAAGAUAAUUUAACAAAAACAAAUCAAGAUAGUUUUAUAUCUCUUUAAUCUUUCAAGGAUAACAUGUCCUUAUUUGGUGUGUGUGAUGGCCAUGGUCAAGAUGGUCAUAAAUGCAGUCAAUUCAUUCGAGAUAAUUUACCCAAAAACAUCGACUCUCUCUUGUCUCUAAAUCCUUCGUCUAUUCCAGAAUCAAUCUCCAAAUCUUUCCUCAGAACAAACUCUUAAUUAUGCAAUUUUGAAGAGAUAAUAACAACUUUUAGUGGUUCCACAACUGUGAUCAGUCUAAUAGUCGAUGAUACAAUCUAUACAGCCAAUGUUGGAGAUUCCAGAUCAAUAAUUUGUAGACAACAAAGUAAUGGAUCUAGAAGUGCUAUUUCCUUAUCAAAUGACCACAAGCCAGACUUACCUUAAGAGAAAAGAAGAAUUGAACAGAAGGGAGGAAGAGUAGAACCUUACAUAGAUUUUGAUGGAUCAAGUUUAGGUCCAGCAAGAGUCUGGUUAAAAACAGAGGAUAUUCCAGGACUGGCUAUGAGUAGAAGUUUUGGUGAUAAGGUUGCAGCAAGUUGUGGAGUUAUUUGUGAACCAGAAAUUCUCGCAUAUAAAAUGUAGGAAGGAGACUUAUUUAUGGUUCUGGCAUCUGAUGGCGUGUGGGAAUUCCUAAGCAAUGAAUAAGUGAUAGAUAUGAUAUAUCCAUAUUAUGCUCAAGAUGAAGGAAAUGCUGCAUGUGUUAGAAUUGUAAAGGAAUCCAUUAAAUUAUGGAAAUUGAAUGAUACAGUAAUUGAUGAUAUUACUGUUGUUAUUGUAUUCUUCAACAAAUAAAAAUGA